AUGACCGGUUACAGUCGAGACUUUGCCUUUAAUCGGGCAAAUGUUGCCUAUAACACAGGCAAACCCAACAGAGCCGAGUUCCAACUGAUCCGCAUCGAAAGAACUCAAGGGGAUAGUACAACGGACACAAAAAAUGACCGACAUCCAUGCUGUCUCGUUGAGGAACAUGUACACUCUGCCAGGGCCCUAGACCUCGACAACGUUCCUGUUGAAAAUCUAGCCUUGGUGGUUGGAGAGUACUUGCCAGAAAAUCCACCUAAAUUCAAUCGCCUCCAGCUUCCAACGAACACAGAGGUGUUUAAUCACAGAGUCCAUCAACACCUAACAACUCGGGACAAGACUGCACUCGUUGUCUGCAUGAUGAGCCACGGUAGAUGCAUUUUAUGUCGUUUAUUGGAUUUUAAGAACGAGAACGAACUCUGGACUGCUGGCCCCUUAUCCGCGAAUAUCCAUGAGCAUAUCUAUUUCUAUCGCGAAUGUACGGAUGGUGUUAAGGAUGCGCAAAAGAAAUCACUAGAGCUUAUCGAAUCUUUUAACAGGAACCAUACUGAUGGUUCUAAUGAUGAGAGCGACACGGAUAGUUCCGACGACGAGAAUAACACUAAUGGUUCUCAAGAUGAGGACUAUAUUGACGGUUCUGACAAUGAAAGCGACGCCGAUGGUAUACCUAUCUCUACGGUCGAGCCCGGUAGUCUUCUUAUACGUGCUGCGGAUGGUGCGCGCACUAUACGUAGUGCCGCCAAUCGUUCCGCUCAUCUUGUCGAGAGUGGGAUCUCGAAUCAGGAACCUGAGGAUAGAGACCAGAUCGUUCACGAUGCAUCCCCUAACACAAACCUGACAUCCCCGCGGCCCGAAGUCAGUGAUGAGAUGUCAAGGCUAUUCGAUUACUUGAUGAAUGGGCCUAGAUGCUUGGCUCACGGUGAUACUGCGAGGCUUCUGUCUUACUGCAAGGUAUAUCUUGAGAACCUACCGAACACAGGACUGUACUGA